GAGGCCGGGCCGAGCCGUGCCGUGCCGGGCGGCGGCGUUGGGAAGCGGGCGGGCUGCGGCCGGGACCGCGGGGCACGAUGCCGGGCGGGCGGGUGUGCGCCGCGUGCGGCUGCUCGGAGAUCGAGGUAGACGCAGCGCGUGGGGAUGCGGUGUGCACGGGCUGCGGCUCGGUGCUGGAAGACAACAUCAUCGUCUCCGAGGUGCAGUUCGUGGAGAACAGCGGCGGCGGUUCCUCCGCGGUGGGGCAGUUCGUGUCGUUGGACGGAGCAGGCAAAACACCGACUUUGGGAGGAGGAUUCCAUGCGAAUCUGGGAAAGGAGUCACGAGCACAGACUCUACAGAAUGGAAAACGUCAGAUUCACCACUUAGGAAAUCAGCUUCAACUCAAUCAACAUUGUCUGGAUACUGCCUUCAAUUUUUUCAAGAUGGCUGUAAGCAAGCAUCUAACCCGGGGGAGAAAGAUGACCCAUGUAAUUGCUGCGUGUCUCUACUUGGUGUGCAGGACAGAAGGAACUCCUCACAUGUUACUGGACCUCAGUGAUCUUCUUCAGGUGAAUGUCUAUGUGCUGGGAAAAACUUUCCUUCUGUUGGCAAGAGAACUCUGCAUAAAUGCUCCAGCCAUAGAUCCGUGUUUAUAUAUUCCUCGUUUUGCCCAUAUGCUGGAAUUUGGGGAUAAGAACCAUGAAGUGUCCAUGACGGCUCUCAGGCUACUGCAGAGAAUGAAGCGAGACUGGAUGCACACUGGCCGCCGGCCAUCUGGGCUCUGCGGGGCAGCUCUGUUAGUGGCAGCGAGAAUGCAUGAUUUCCGCCGCACUGUUAAAGAGGUCAUCAGGGUGGUCAAGGUUUGUGAGUCUACGCUAAGGAAAAGGUUGACAGAGUUUGAAUAUACGCCAACGAGUCAGCUAACCAUAGAUGAGUUUAUGAGGAUUGACUUGGAAGAAGAAUGUGAUCCCCCUUCAUUCACAGCUGGCCAAAAAAAGCUGAAGAUACAGCAGCUUGAGAAGGCGUUAUCAAAAAAGCUGGAAGAUUUUGAAGGUGAAAUAUCAAGCUAUCAAGAUGAAAUAGAGAUUGAAUUAGAAAAUAGUAGACCAAAAGCAAAAGGCGUAUUUGCAAAUUUAUCUAAAAGUGAUUCUAUAGAAGAUAAUACAUUAAGCAUAUUUGGAGAAGAAGAGGCAGAAGAUGAAGAACUGGAAGCAGCUGCUAAUCACUUAAACAAAGACUUUUGUAAUGAACUUCUUGAGAAAGAUAGGUUAAAACCAGGUGAAGAUGGAGAAUGCAAAAAUGGAAAUGAAGCUCCUGUAAGACCACCCGCACUGGAAUCCUUACUUGGUCCACUCCCCACUGCAGCUAGUCUUGGCAUAACAGAGUCCAUAAAAGAGUGUAUUUCCUCUAAGGACCGAGAGCCUGGUGAAAAUACAGGAGAUGGUGAAUUAGAUCUCAGUGGAAUUGACGACAGUGAAAUAGAUAGGUAUAUACUUAACGAAACAGAAGCUCAGAUAAAAGCAGAGCUGUGGAUGAAAGAAAAUGCAGAUUAUUUGAAGGAACAAAAAGAAAAGGAAGCAAGAAUAGCAAAAGAGAAAGAACUUGGGAUUUAUAAGGAACACAAGCCAAAGAAAGCUGCAAAGAAGCGGGAGCCAAUUCAAGCCAGCACAGCAGGAGAGGCAAUUGAAAAGAUGUUAGAACAGAAGAAAAUCUCAAGUAAAAUUAAUUAUAAUGUGCUAAGGGACCUGAACAGCAAAGGAAGUAACACACCAAAGAAAGAGGAUGACAGCACUGAUGACAGCACCAACACCAAGAAGCUGUCAAGAAGAAAAUCUAUUGCCAGUAGGAAUAUAGCCAGCCCUGUAAACAGUGUGGGAAAAAGAUUAAGACCCUUGAUUUCUACACAGCUGGCUAAGAAGGCUGCCACAGAGGAGGUGACCUUUCCAAAUGCACAAGCAGAAGUCUCUAACUUAGAAAAGCCAGCAACUGUGCUAGUGGAGAGUGGCCCAGUGGCUUAUAACCUUGAUGAAGAGGUGGAAGAGGAAGAAGCAGAAGAAGAAGAUGAUCACUGCAUGAGUGCAUUGCAGUUAAUGGGAGGAAACGAUUAUGGCUGUGAUAUGGAUGAUGACGAUGGCUAUUAGUUCUAUUUACUUCUAAAGGACAUGGACUAUUUCUCAUUCCCAGAAAAACUGCAAUCUUCAAACUGUAUGAAAGAAGCAGUCUGUGGUCAGCAAAUGUUAUCAAACAAUCCUUACUUCUGUAAAGUGAAUUUUAGCUUUGCAUUGACUCUGGUCGGUUUACAUUGACCCAUAACCCAGCAAUAAUGUUUGGGUUUGUACUUGAAUUAUUUUUAUUUUGGUGGUUGUGGUUUGAGAAUGAAAUUAUUGGGAGUCAUGUUUUCAGACAACAGAAGAAAGAGACAAAAUAGACAAUAUAAAAAGAGUUAUAUGACUGCUUAGUGCAUGUUAUUGAAAGGGAGCAUAUAGAAGGACAGAUAGAGGGAUGGAUAAAAACAAGAAGCUCACCAGCUGAUUGAGUACACCAGGAUUAAUUGUUUUAAAUACUACAGCCAACAGAGAACAUUUCCAACCUCUACUGACAAAUUGACCUUGUCAUUCUGUGCAAUCUCCCAUGCUCAAGCCUAUCAUAAAUUGACAACAAGUUAUGUAUUGUACCUGUUUCUCUGAAAUGGAGUAAAUACUUACUGAUAUUAAUUCAUAGAUGUCUAAAAGUUGUUUCAGUAGAAGGUAAUGUUGGCAGUGAGGAAGUGACUUACGCUGUAAGUCAGAUAUUUAUGUGUAAGGAAGGAGAAACCCUGGGUGAGGCAAGAAUUGGAGAGAGAAAGCUGGAGACAUUGCUGGUGUCACGUACCUUUGGAGUCACUGGGGACAGCCAGGAGGUGUUGUGGCUGGUGUUGCUGAGGGGAGUGACUCCAGCCAUCUCUACAGAGCUGCUCCCAUCCAACUGAGUUGGAGUGCAGGUCUGCUCCCAGAGCUGCCUGGCUUUAAAACUGGUUGAAAGCAAGAGAAAGCUGAGCUUUUUAAUAAAUAAGCUAGCAUCUGCUUUGGCUGAAUUUAAUUUUAUGUAAUAUAUUUAACUUUCUGUGGGUAAAUUAAAGGUCACCAUGCAGCAGCCUGAAUUUCAUGGCUCAAAUCCUACCCUUAAACAGUCUCUGCUACAUGAAUAAUGCUGGAGCUUCGGCUGUAUGUGCCCCAAAAUGUCAGCAGGCAGAUCCUUGUCACCCAGAUCAGCAGUCCACACGGUGUGGUGGAACAGUUGAUCAGGAACAGAUCUGCAGUGCUGGAUCCUACCCUCCUGCCUCUGUGCUGCCUUUCCCUGACACUGCUGGGUCUCCAAGGCUCCCACCCCAGUGUGAGAUGCACUAUGGUCUUGAUGGCUGCAGCUGCAGGAGUUGGGGUGCUUUCAUCUCUCUCUGUUGUCUGUGACAAUCAUGAAUGCUGUAGUAUUGCAGACUUCUCUUCUAUCAGGGAAAGAUGGAUGUUUAUCUUACCAGUAUGGUUUCUGUUAAGCUGGCUUUCCUGGCUAGCUUAUCCUUCCUAUCCUUUCUGGGAUUUUAAAGCAACACUCAUUAAGUCACCAGCAAUUCUGCUGCCACAGAGGGUGGAUAGUGUCAGGAAAAGAAGCUGCCUUGUGAAGGGACAAACUCCAGAGAAAGGAAGGGACCUAUGGUUCUCGUACCCGUGGUCAUUGCCAACAAGGGAAAGGACCAUAUGGCCCUCCGUACUUCUUCUGUCCCUUUCAGUAGCUUGCAUAAAGGGGAUCAUGUAAAUAGAGCCAGAAUGAGUGCAUUUUUUAGGCACAGAGUUGAUUUUGUUUGGCUGGUAAAUGUAAUGUGUUGAGUAGGUUUUAUCUGCUAGAUAUUUUGAGUCCCAAACAGGAGUAUUUCUCAGUGAUCUCUCUUAACAGUAGAGCUUGGUUAAAAAAUAAAAUAAUAAAGAAAAAGAUGUUGUAAGACUAAUGGGAAUAAAAGCUCUUCUGAAUCAGUUUUCAGUUACUUGGUUUGCAGCACAUUGAAGAGAUUCCUUAUGAUUGCUGGGAAGCAGCUGGUGCUUUCAUCAAACAGCCAUAGCUUUUUUUUCGGAUACUUUAUAAGUACUGCACAAAAAAGUUCAUGGAGGAGAUAAACCUUUCUACCUCUCUUUUAUCUAUACCAUAAUUCAAAAUCAUGCUAGAAGCUGACAAUAAAAAUAAAAAAGUAGUUUGUUUUAUCAAAGUUCACGGUCUGCGAGUCUUUGAGACAGCUGAGUUUGAGCAUUGGGGUUUGAAUUAAUCUGUCAGUAGCACUAUUACAAGUUACCGUGCUCUCAGUGUAUUCUCAGAGCUGGGUUUUAUUCCAGGGUACACAUUAUUCUCUAUGCAGGAAAUAAACACGCAUAAAUAAACAUGUGUAUGACUCAUGUAGGUCGAGAACGUUUCUCAAAUGCAUAACGUCGGUUCUUAAAGAAACGGCUGAGCUCCAUAUUGCUGAGGGUCUUUCCUCCAGUUUUCUGUGUCAGUUUUCAUGGGUUUGUUAGCCCUACAGAAUAUUAAACCUGCUGCCAAUGUAGGGACAUUACGUGUGAGAGCCGAGAGUCCACUUGAAUAACUCCUGCUAGCAAAUGUUAAUUUCGGUAGCACGUUGCGUUUCUGAGAACAUUGUCUCCUGCACUGGGAGCAGUGAAUGCUUUUCUAUAUCAGACAGGAAAAUACUUGCAGGUUUUGAAAGCUCUCAUGAGAUUUGAUUAGAGGAGGCUAUGUGAUAGAAGGGCAGUUAGAGAGCAAAAAAGGACCUGCAAGCCCAUAGCAUCUCAGUAUUGCUGGUGAAGCUAAUGGCAUGGUUUCUGCACAGGAGUCCUAAAGGCAGAGCCGUGGUAUUGCACUGAGCUUUGCAGGCUUCUUAAACUGUAGUGGUUAUCAUAGAGUCAUAGAAUGGCCUGGGUUGAAAAGGACCACAAUGCUCAUCUAGUUCCAACCCCCUGCUAUGUGCA